GACUCUAUAAUCUAUGCUCCAGUCUGACGUGUUAAUGAGCGCUGCUUUGUCAGUAGGUUAGGUUGAAGCAUUGUGUAGUGUGUAGUUGUGUUCGAGAAGUGUCAAGAGGCAAGUGGAUUUUUCCUCUCUCGCGUUCAAGCAUCGUGAAAUCAUGCUCGAUCUUUUCACGAUAUUUAGCAAGGGCGGCAUAGUACUCUGGUGCUUUCAGAGUACAUCUCAGAUUUUCGCACCUAGCGUCAAUGCCUUGAUAAGAAGCGUUAUAUUGCAGGAACGUACAGGGAAUCAUAGCUUUGAACAUGAUUCUCUACGACUGCAAUAUAAACUUGAUAACGAGUUUGAAUUGGUAUUUGUAGUGGCAUAUCAGAAGAUAUUACAAUUAUCUUAUGUGGAUAAAUUCCUGAAUGACAUCCAUUUAGAGUUUAGGGAUCGCUUCAAGAAUGAACUCGAGAAUUCAAGCUGGUUUACUAACUUUGAAUUUGAACAUAUUUAUCAUAUAGUGCUUGAACGGUCUGAACAGUGGUCACGUUCACAGGCCAAGAUACCGAAGCAAAUGCGUACUUUUGAUGAGAGUCAAAAAUCCAAAAAGACUGUCGCUAGUAUGAUCGAAAGGAAAGAUGACAAGGAUGAUAAGAAGUCAGGCAAAAAGAAGAAAGCAAAUAAUUGUAAUGGGGAUUGCUAUAUAAAAAUUCAAGAUGUUCCAAAACAGGAAUUGCCAAAACAGCAAAUGGAACAUAAUGGGGAACUUGAUGAAGAAACACUAAUUGCAAAUCGUAUGAAACUUGCUCAAAAAAUAGCAGGACAAAAGAAAAAAGCCGAUAAACAGAAAAGUCCUAAACCUGAGAAAACUGGCAAAAAGCCACGCAUUUGGGAACUGGGUGGAACAGCUAAAGAUCUGGCUAUGCUAGAACGAACUAAAGACAAGCCCGAAGAGAAUAAUGAUUAUGUGGGAGCCGAUACAGCUCUAAUUGGACAGAUGAAGGGUAGUAUACGUGACCUAGAAGUGAAUAGUGAAUCUGAGGAUGAUUCCGAGCAAGAGGAAAUAGAGCACUCCAAGCAACAAACGCAAAAGAAAACAAGUAUGUUCUCCAUGUUUAAGAGUCUGGUUGGCAGCAAAUCUCUUAAACAAGAGGAUAUGUUGCCGGUUUUGGAAAAAUUGAAAGAUCAUCUGAUCACCAAAAAUGUCGCCGCGGACAUUGCGCAAAAAUUAUGCGAUUCUGUUGGUACAAAGUUGGAAGGAAAAGUACUUGGCACUUUUGAUAGCGUAGCAAGUACUGUGAAGGCCACUUUAACGGAUGCUUUAGUACAGAUACUGUCUCCCAAAAGAAGAAUCGAUAUUUUACGAGACGCUUUAGAAGCCAAGAAGAGUAAUAGACCUUAUGUGAUGACUUUUUGUGGCGUCAAUGGGGUCGGCAAGUCGACGAAUCUGGCAAAAAUUUGUUUCUGGUUAAUAGAAAACAAUUUCCGCGUGUUGAUAGCUGCAUGUGAUACAUUCAGAGCUGGAGCGGUUGAGCAACUGAGAACACACAUGCGACAUUUGAACGCUCUACAUCCACCAGAAAAGCACGGAAAUCAAUCGAUGGUGCAAUUAUAUGAAAAAGGUUACGGUAAGGAUGCCGCAGGUAUUGCUUUGGAAGCGAUACGUUUUGCAAAGGAUUCCAGGAUUGAUGUUGUCUUAGUCGACACUGCCGGUAGAAUGCAGGAUAAUGAACCAUUGAUGCGAGCUCUGGCGAAGCUGAUUAAAGUAAACGAGCCGGAUUUGGUAUUGUUCGUCGGGGAAGCUCUCGUCGGCAAUGAGGCUGUGGAUCAACUG